AUGACAAAAGAAAUGUGUCGUGCGUUUUGGACUUUACUUCUCACAAUAGCUGCGAGUGCUCUUGCUAAAAAUGGACAAGGAUCUGAUGAUCAUCCCCACAUGCAACCUUUCUUUUUCCCUGAUGCGCUAAGUGUUGGUCAGAAAGCUGCUAUUUCUUGUGGUCUAAACAAAGGGAAACCUCCCUUGACGUUUCGAUGGCUUAAAGAUGGAAAAGAUCUUGUCAGUUCUGGAAAUGUUGAAAUUCAUGCCAUCAAGGACGUCUCUUUACUUUCAAUUGACCCUAUUCGUCAAGAAAGUGGAGGAAAUUACACAUGUGUUGCCAGUAAUGCUGAAGGGAGGGACGAGUACACUGCCACGUUGCUAGUUAAAGCUCCACCUAAAUGGAUUCAAAAGCCUGAGGAUUUUACAGCUUAUUUAGAAUCAACAUUUGAAGUGGAAUGCAAAGUUUCUGGACAACCAACGCCAGUUAUUACUUGGUACAAGGAAGGUAAUACUAAUAGAUCGGUUCAGAAAAUAACUACGAAUGCAAGAAUGAACUUGUCAAACGAAGGAACUUUAACGAUUUUUGACGUACAAGCCAACGAUGAAGGCAUGUACAGUUGUGAAGCAGACAACGGUGUAGAAAGCAAAUUAACUGCUGAAAUGCGCUUAACAGUGUAUGUGCCAGCUAGAUUUGAAGAAAAGUUCAAAGUGGAAACUGUAAGACAAGGUGAUAGUGCAGUUUUAAGAUGUGACGCUACUGGUGAUCAACCUAUAUCUGUUGUCUGGUACAAAGAUAAAAGAGAAUUAGAAAUUACAGAGUUAUCAAGGUAUGAAAAAUUUGAGACAGGUUCUAAGAAUGGGCUGAGUGCCGAAUUAUUUAUUCGAAACGUAGAUCGCCGUGAUGGGGCGCUGUACUCUUGCAACGCAUCAAAUUAUUAUGGAAGUGAUGAACGCAACAUCAAGGUCCUUGUUGUGGAGGUGCCUGCUCAACCGUUGGAUGUUAAAGUGAUGGAUAUUUACUCCCGGAGUGCCAGUAUUCGUUGGUCAGCACCUUACACUGGAAACAGCCCAAUAACGAAGUACAGAGUGCAGUACUGGCGAGAUAAAUACGGCCCACAAACGCUAAACGAACAAGAAGUGAGUGCUAGUCAGAGUACGGCUGCCAUUCAAGGAUUGAAACCUGGAACUUCAUAUGCAUUGGCAGUUGUUGCAGAAAAUGAAAUAGGACAUGGAGAACCAUCCGAAACGAUAAGGUUUCUCACCCAAGAAGAAGAACCUAGUGGUCCACCUACAGACUUGAAUGUUGAAGCAAGGGGACCUACUUCUAUACUUGUAAAAUGGAAGCCUCCACCAAAAGAAUGUUGGAAUGGUCUUUUAAAAGGCUAUUACAUUGGGUACAGACCAGAAAAUAUGAACCUUGCCUAUACUUUCAAAAGCGUGGAAGCUGGUACAAAUGAAAGCAAUGAAUAUUUAGUCACUGGAUUAACAAAAUCUGCUCGAUAUAGCGUACUUGUUAAAGCGUACAACAAAGCAGGAACUGGACCCGCGUCUCAAGAGCUUGUCGUCAGAACACUGGACGGAGAUUUACCGAAGUCUCCUCCGAUAUCAUUAGUGAGCACCUCUGAUAAUGCUAUAACAGUCAAGUGGAAUCAAGUUGUCAACAGAGACGACCCACUUACAGGUUAUACAUUGCAUUAUCAACGAGGCAAUGGUCACUGGUUACACGUACCGUUGGUUGCCGCUGAUCAGUCUAGUUAUACGUUGACUGCUUUGCAAGCCGAUACACUGUACCACUUAUAUCUCACAGCAAAUAAUAAGCACGGACGAGGAGAAGCCAGCGACGUACUCAUUGUAAAAACAAAAGAAAAAGGUAAAGGGGCAAGGGAUUUUCCAUUGUACAUGGAUUUAUCACUAGUCAUUCCAGCAGCAGCUGCUUUACUGGCAGUAAUUGUCAUAGUUGUGGUCAUCAUAAUUUACAUUGUUAAGUCAAGAUCUCGAGAAGAUUUAGUAAAAGAUCAAAUCAAAGCAUUGCAAGACCACCAGCAGUACAUGUACGCUGCUGCCGGAAACACCGGACGUUACGACAGCGUAGACAAGGGUCGCCCAUACAGCCAGGGUGAACCUGGCACACCAGCAGUGAGCCUCGCUUCUUAUGCUUCCAUUCCUUCCAGGAUAGACCAAGAUGACCUCUAUGGAGGACCAAUGGAGGUCAAGGGUCCAUACGGCCAGAGUUACCGGGAGAGACCUUCAUCGUUCCCACGACCAGCUGCCAAACGACCCCAACCACGAGUGCAGCAACAGCAACAACAGCAGCCGACACCUUCCAUGCCAACAGUGCAAGCACCCCCUCCCCCACCCCCUCCUCCGCCCCCUCCACCUCCUCAGUAA